CUGAAUUUUAAAUUUUACAUACAUUUAAGUAUAAAUUUUAAAACAAAUAUCCACUUUACAUACUGGCAAAAUUUUAAGUAUGUUUGGAACAACUUGGGAACUGAAGAAACUCCAAGAAGAGGAACGUCAAUGUGAGAAGAAAACCCAGCCACCUCAGGAGACCCGGCAGGAGUUGCAGCCACCCCUGGCGCAAUCACAGUUGCCACCGAUGCCACAGCCACCGAAGGUGCCCCAGCAGCCACCACAGCCGCCUCAGCCAAAGCAGCAAAACGCCCAAGAACGUCUUACUCAGGGCACCUCCCAGUACAUCCUCCAGGAUUCCCAGAGGCCAGGUCCCCACAAGGACACAUACCAAGGAGAGGUGACCAACCCUCAUGGUCCUGGUUAUAAGAAAUGUAGCCCAGAUAUGCAAACCAAGUACUCACGAUUCACGUCAACGAAUUACAUCCAGCAGUGGUGAUUCAGAAAUAGACACCAAGAUCCCACUGGCCAUCAGCAAAAAAUCAGAUAAGCAACCUGACCUUCUUACCACCCAGCAACACCUCCACUUCAAAAGCCAGUCCCCUCCUGAUCCACUCUGGCAGAGGAGCUGAGCCAGGAAUAAAAUGUGAUUUCUUCCUGGAAAGAA